AUGCUGGUCACAAAUAGCGGGUACAGAGAUGAAAUCCAAACACAGCUUCCCUUCUCUGGGCUUGCGUCUAAAAUUUGGUCGAAGGACCAGGACAAAGGCCUGGCUCCAGGCAGCAGGAGUGAGUACCUCAGACAGCAAUCUCUCAGCUCAGCCGACUGGGCAGAAACUCUCCAGCUGGUUUCUCAAGAAAAGCUCAUGGGCACUAGCUGCCAGGAGCAGAGUUCUAGCUCCCCGCCGCCACCUAAGCGCCGCUCCCUCCGUCUGCGCAAGUGCGUCCCCGCCUUCUCCUCCCCGCUCCUCCGUUCCGGGCCACCAGCUCCUCGCCGCCCCCACGCCGGCGCCGCGCUGCUCCAUCCGUCAACAGUGGUGCGUCCCCGCCUUCUCCUCCCGGCUGGUCCUUCACCCGCCUCCAGCUCCUCCCCGCCACCGCGCCGCUCCCUCCCUCUGCGCAAGUGCGUCCCCGCCUUCUCCAAGCUCGUCCGUUCCGGCCUCCAGCUCCUCGCCGCCCCGCGCCGCUCCCUCUCUCUGCGCAAGUGCGUCCCCGCCUUCUCCUCCCCGCUCGUCCGUUCCCGGCCUCCAGCUCCUGGCUGCCCCGUGCCGUGCUGCUCCCUCCCUCAACAGAGGUGCUUCCCCGCCUUCUCCUCCCGGCUGGUCCUUCAUCCGCCUCCAGCUACUCGCCGCUGCCGCGCCGCUCCCUCCCUCUACCGAUCUCUCUCUCCUCCACUAAGAGCAGAAAAUGAACACAUCCCAGGCAGAGUCCCAGGCUGGCAGGAGGAGUGGGUGUGGUCACUGGGACAGCCCUCCAAAAUGGGUGGUGCUUCGAGGCUCAGGGGACAUGGCCUCCUGGGCAGCAUCCAAAGCGUCUGGCCUCUGUCUCUUCAGUGCAGAUGGAAGUGCAGCACGUCCAGGAGUGUGACCGCUGCCAUCUCCCUGGUGCACGUGCAUCGCAGUGGUUACCAUGUGAAUAAGUCGAAUGCAGUCUUCAAGCUGAAACAAGGAAAAGAAACUGUGGAUAUUGGAAGUGGAAUUUCCAUACCGGAAUUACCCGGAAGAUCUCUGGAAAAUUCAUGACAGAGGAGCGAAAUGCCAGGAAAUCUGAGCUGAAAAUUAAAGGCAAGUCCAAGUUUUUGAUU